AUGUUGAUUCCACGUCAACCAAGGCAACUUUCAAUCUAUGAUAUUUCUCGAAACAUUAUAUGCGAACUAAAUCCGUGGAUACAAUCUAUUAACUAUAUAAUUGCGCUUGCAAUUUUUGUUACAUAUAGUUUUUAUGAUUUUGAGGCAAACUCUAUUUUAAACGAUGAAUACCAAAAACAUAUUGGCAACGAUCUACACUCAAAAUACGGUUAUGAUUCACUUACAGCUUGUUUGAAUAUUCCAUACACUUUUCCAUAUUUAAAAGAUAAAAUUUUGGGUCCUGACCAUCAGAUAAUUUCAUGUAAUCAUAAUGAACCUUCUAAUUCAUGGCAAAUUCAUUGGUGUGCUCUUCAUGAUAAACUUGUUGUAUUAGCAUGGUUAUCUAUAUUUGUAAAAGGAUUAUUCUUAACUUGGUUAAAAGAACGAAAAGAAAGAAGUUCGAAACUAAAAAAUGAUGUAUUUCCCGAAAAGCCUAAAGAUUCGAUUAAAAAUAAUAUUUCGAACAAUGAAAAAAAGGCUAAUGAUGUUAAAAUAGCU